AUGUCAGUUAAAGAAGAUUCACAAACGCUAUUGCAGCUGCAUCCAGAUUGGGUUUCAAUGGACUUUGAUAAAUUGGGUAAAUCAUUUUACAACAAUGAUGGAGUGCCACUUAGUGAUACUAUCAAGAGCUUGAAGGCAAAAACGCUAAGUGAAGCAUUGCAAAAUAAAAACACUGAUGUAUUAGCGGAAUAUCUGAGAUCAACAGAAGGGCUAAUAAAUAAUGAGUUCAGAAUGAAAAUAUGGCCACUAAUAUUAGGUGUUGCUAAUUCUGGGGAUGAAACAGAUGAAGAAAUAUUGUCGAACAAGCAAUCAGGAAUAGAUUCACCAAACUUAAAGUUGAAUAGACAAUCGGUUACGUCAUUUUUACUUAAUGAUUUAGACUUAAAUGAUUUACCGCCACAUAAGGAUGAAGACCAGGUUAAAUUGGAUAUUCAAAGAUCAUUUACUGUGCUAUCACAUAUGCAAUCUUAUCAUCACCUACAAAACGAAUCAUUUACUGCUAUUUUCUCGAAUAAUGAUAUAGACCAAUUAAAGAAAAGCCUAUUGAAUCUUAUAAUCAAGAUACUUAGGAAGUAUCCAUGUCUUAAUUAUUAUCAAGGUUAUCAUGAUAUAGCAAGUAUUAUAUUAAUUGUUUGCUAUGAACAAGGCGGCGAACCAAAUUCAUCAAAAAACGACGAAUUGGCGUUCAAACUAUUAGAAAAGCUCACAGUAUUUCAUUUAAGAGAUUAUAUGAUCACCGAUAUAAACCUUUCUAUCAACCAUUUGAAAUUAAUUCCUAGCCUUCUAGAAGUUAUUGAUACAGAUUUAUUUGAAUUGAUAAAACAAUCCAGUAACUCAUAUAUUCUGUCAUCUGGGUUUCAUUAUGAUUAUAACUUCUAUCAAGGUUUAUCCUCAAUCUUGACUUUUUACAGUCACGAUUUAAAUAAUUUGCAUCAACUACUAAUAAUAUGGGACUUUAUAUUAAGUUACAAUUCUGUGAUUGUCAAUGUUUAUUUAUAUGUUGCUUUGUUAUUGUUUCAUAAAGAAGACAUAUUUAACCAGUUAAAUAUCGAUCCGAAUGACUUAACUAAUGCAGAAGGACCCGAAAUUGAUAUAGAUUUAGUUCAUACCUUAGUGUCCCCCAAUAACUUAUUCAGCUCUAUGACUGAUUCCGAUCUUAAUAAAAUUUUGAAUAAAACAAGGAUUUUGAUCGAAAGCUAUUUAAUCAGUGAUAUUGAAAAUUCAGAUGUUACAUACGAUGUAUGGUUCAAGGAAUUUAAUCAAAAUUCUGUCCUAUUAAAUACAUCAGACAUACUUGUUGAUAGGAAAAUCAAAGAUUAUAAAUACAGCUAUUUAAUAAUUAACGAUCAAAAUCCACCCGAUUCUUCAUUAAAUGAUCUUAUCCAACUUCAAGAUGAAGAGAUGUCAAAGCAAACUGUUUAUAACAUAUCGCUCCAGCAAAAAUUAUUAGAACAACAAGAAGAAUUAUCAAACUCCACUUCUGAUCUCGAUACAAGUCUACCAAACCUGUUAUCGUCAUCUAUCACAAGUUUUACAUCUGCAUCAUCUUCGAUAAAUACUAAGAUUGCUAAUACCUCAUCUAUGAUAUUUAAGAAACUAUUUCACCAUGAUGGCUCGCCAACUCCAGAGGGUAAACUCAGUAGCAACAAUAAGCAUAAUGUUCUUUUAACGAACUUUUACAGAAUCAGCUUUACUGUCGGAUUUAUUGGAUUUAUGAUGCAUUUCUUAUUGAUUAAAAAUGAUCCAAGCUAUCAGAGUUUGAAUAUAUCAAGGCUUUUAUCAGGCUCGUUGUCGAUGAUCCGAAAGUUUGGAUAUCAUAUACUUGAUCUGGAAUCUAUUAAAGCACUAUAUGAUUUUGUUGUUAGCGCAAGUAAUACAUUAGCAUAUGAAGCAGGUGGCGCUGUACGUGAAAUGUAUACCUCUUUAAAAGAUUCGGAUAUUGUGAAUAGUGGGAUUAAUAUUGGGCAAGUUGGCUUAGGGAACCUAAGAAAUAACAUCUAUGGGUUUAUUGGAUAG